AGGCAGAAAAAAUGAAGAACAUUUACAUUGUGGCUGGAUUGUUUAUAAUGCUGGUACAAGGAAGCUGGCAACGUUCUCUUCAAGACACUGAAGAGAGACCCAGACCAUUCUCAGCUUCCCAGACAGCCCCACUCGAUGAUCCCAAUGAGAUGAAUGAAGACAAGCGUCAUUCACAAGGCACAUUCACCAGUGACUACAGCAAGUAUCUGGACUCCAGGCGUGCUCAAGAUUUUGUGCAGUGGUUGAUGAAUACCAAGAGGAACAGGAAUAACAUUGCUAAACGUCAUGAUGAAUUUGAGAGGCAUGCUGAAGGGACCUUCACCAGUGAUGUAAGCUCCUAUUUGGAAGGCCAGGCUGCCAAGGAGUUCAUUGCUUGGCUGGUGAAAGGCCGGGGGAGGCGAGAUUUCCCAGAAGACGUCACCAUCGUUGAAGAACUCCGCCGCAGACACGCGGAUGGCUCUUUCUCCGAUGAGAUGAGCACCGUUCUGGACAGCCUGGCCACCAGGGACUUCAUCAACUGGCUGAUUCAAACCAAAAUCACUGCCCGGAAAUAAAUGCAUCACUAAUAACAAGACCAUCUUCACAACAU